AUGAGCACCUCCGCACCCCCACCUGUGGGAUCUCUCUCCCAAAGAAAACGUCAGCAAUACGCCAAGAGCAAAAAACAGGGUAACUCGUCCAACAGCCGACCUGCCCGCGCCCUUUUCUGUUUGUCACUCAAUAACCCCAUCCGAAGAGCCUGCAUUAGUAUAGUGGAAUGGAAACCAUUUGACAUAUUUAUAUUAUUGGCUAUUUUUGCCAAUUGUGUGGCCUUAGCUAUUUACAUCCCAUUCCCCGAAGAUGAUUCUAAUUCAACAAAUCAUAACUUGGAAAAAGUAGAAUAUGCCUUCCUGAUUAUUUUUACAGUCGAGACAUUUUUGAAGAUUAUAGCGUAUGGAUUAUUGCUACAUCCUAAUGCUUAUGUUAGGAAUGGAUGGAAUUUACUGGAUUUUGUUAUAGUAAUAGUAGGAUUGUUUAGUGUAAUUCUGGAACAAUUAACCAAAGAAACAGAAGGCGGUAACCACUCCAGUGGCAAGUCAGGAGGCUUCGAUGUCAAAGCCCUCCGCGCCUUUCGGGUGUUACGACCACUUCGACUAGUGUCAGGAGUGCCCAGUUUACAAGUUGUCCUGAACUCCAUUAUAAAAGCCAUGGUUCCCCUCCUUCACAUAGCCCUUUUGGUAUUAUUUGUAAUCAUAAUCUAUGCUAUUAUAGGAUUGGAACUUUUUAUUGGAAAAAUGCACAAAACAUGUUUUUUUGCUGACACAGAUAUCCUAGCCGAAGAGGACCCAGCGCCAUGUGCGUUCUCAGGGAAUGGACGCCAGUGUGCCUCCAAUGGCACCGAGUGUAGGAGUGGCUGGGUUGGCCCAAAUGGAGGCAUCACCAACUUUGAUAACUUUGCCUUUGCCAUGCUCACCGUGUUUCAGUGCAUCACCAUGGAGGGCUGGACAGACGUGCUCUACUGGGUAAAUGAUGCGAUAGGAUGGGAAUGGCCAUGGGUGUAUUUUGUUAGUCUGAUCAUCCUUGGCUCAUUUUUCGUCCUUAACCUGGUUCUUGGUGUCCUUAGUGGAGAAUUCUCAAAGGAAAGAGAGAAGGCUAAAGCCCGGGGAGAUUUCCAGAAGCUCCGGGAGAAGCAGCAGCUGGAGGAGGAUCUAAAGGGCUACCUGGAUUGGAUCACCCAAGCAGAAGACAUUGAUCCUGAGAACGAGGAAGAAGGAGGAGAAGAAAGCAAACGAAACACCAGCAUGCCCACCAGCGAGACCGAGUCGGUGAACACAGAGAACGUAAGUGGCGGAGGCGAGAACCAAGGCAGCUGUGGGAGUCUCUGGUGCUGGUGGAAAAGAAGAGGCACGGCCAAGGCUGGGCCCUCUGGGUGUCGGCGGUGGGGCCAAGCCAUCUCAAAAUCCAAGCUCAGCCGACGCUGGCGUCGCUGGAACCGCUUCAAUCGCAGAAGAUGUCGGGCUGCUGUGAAGUCUGUCACGUUUUACUGGCUGGUUAUUGUCCUGGUGUUUCUCAACACCUUAACCAUUUCCUCUGAGCACUACAACCAGCCUGACUGGCUGACGCAGAUUCAAGAUAUUGCUAACAAAGUCCUCCUGGCUCUGUUCACCUGCGAGAUGCUGGUAAAAAUGUACAGCUUGGGUCUCCAGGCAUAUUUCGUCUCUCUCUUUAACCGGUUUGAUUGCUUCGUGGUGUGCGGUGGAAUUACUGAGACCAUCUUGGUGGAGCUGGAGAUCAUGUCUCCCCUGGGGAUCUCUGUGUUUCGGUGCGUGCGCCUCUUAAGGAUUUUCAAGGUGACCAGGCACUGGACUUCCCUGAGCAACUUAGUGGCCUCCUUGUUAAACUCCAUGAAGUCCAUCGCUUCGCUGUUGCUUCUGCUUUUUCUCUUCAUCAUCAUCUUUUCCUUGCUUGGGAUGCAGCUGUUUGGUGGCAAGUUUAAUUUUGACGAAACGCAGACCAAGCGGAGCACCUUUGACAAUUUCCCUCAAGCCCUUCUGACAGUCUUCCAGAUCCUGACAGGGGAAGACUGGAACGCUGUGAUGUAUGAUGGCAUUAUGGCCUAUGGUGGCCCAUCCUCUUCAGGAAUGAUCGUCUGCAUCUACUUCAUCAUCCUCUUCAUUUGUGGUAACUAUAUCCUACUGAAUGUCUUCUUGGCGAUUGCUGUAGACAAUCUGGCUGAUGCUGAAAGUUUGAAUACUGCCCAGAAAGAGGAAGCUGAAGAGAAGGAGAGGAAAAAGAUUGCCAGAAAAGAGAGCCUGGAGAAUAAAAAGAACAACAAACCAGAAGUCAACCAGAUAGCCAACAGUGACAAUAAGGUUACAAUUGAUGACUAUCGAGAAGAGGAUGAAGACAAGGACCCCUACCCACCUUGUGAUGUGCCAGUAGGGGAAGAGGAAGAGGAGGAAGAGGAAGAUGAACCUGAGGUUCCUGCUGGCCCCCGUCCUCGCAGAAUCUCAGAGUUGAACAUGAAGGAGAAAAUCACCCCCAUUCCUGAAGGGAGCGCAUUCUUCAUUCUGAGCAAGACCAACCCGAUCCGCGUGGGCUGCCACAAGCUCAUCAACCACCACAUCUUCACCAACCUCAUCCUCGUGUUCAUCAUGCUGAGUAGCGCCGCCCUUGCCGCCGAGGACCCCAUCCGCAGCCACUCCUUCCGGAACACCAUACUGGGUUACUUUGACUAUGCUUUCACAGCCAUCUUUACUGUUGAAAUCCUGUUAAAGAUGGCGACUUUUGGAGCUUUCCUCCACAAAGGGGCUUUCUGCAGGAACUACUUCAAUCUGCUGGAUAUGCUGGUGGUCGGGGUGUCCCUAGUAUCAUUUGGGAUCCAAUCCAGUGCCAUCUCCGUUGUGAAGAUUCUGAGGGUCUUAAGGGUCCUGCGGCCGCUCAGGGCGAUCAACAGAGCAAAAGGACUUAAGCACGUGGUCCAGUGUGUCUUCGUGGCCAUCCGGACCAUUGGCAACAUCAUGAUCGUCACCACCCUUCUCCAGUUCAUGUUCGCCUGCAUCGGGGUCCAGUUGUUCAAGGGAAAGUUCUAUCGCUGUACAGAUGAAGCCAAAAGUAACCCCGAAGAGUGCAGGGGGCUUUUCAUCCUCUACAAGGAUGGGGAUGUUGAUAACCCUGUGGUCCGUGAGAGGAUCUGGCAAAAUAGUGAUUUCAACUUUGACAACGUCCUUUCUGCUAUGAUGGCGCUGUUCACGGUCUCCACAUUUGAGGGCUGGCCUGCGUUGCUGUAUAAAGCCAUCGACUCAAAUGGAGAGAACGUGGGCCCCGUCUACAACCACCGCGUGGAGAUCUCCAUUUUCUUCAUUAUCUACAUCAUCAUCGUUGCUUUCUUCAUGAUGAACAUCUUUGUGGGCUUCGUCAUCGUCACAUUUCAGGAGCAGGGAGAGAAAGAGUAUAAGAACUGUGAGCUGGACAAAAAUCAGCGUCAGUGUGUUGAAUACGCCUUGAAAGCACGUCCCUUGCGGAGAUACAUCCCCAAAAACCCCUACCAGUACAAGUUCUGGUACGUGGUGAACUCCUCGCCUUUCGAAUACAUGAUGUUUGUCCUCAUCAUGCUCAACACACUCUGCUUGGCCAUGCAGCACUACGAGCAGUCCAAGAUGUUUAAUGACGCCAUGGACAUUCUGAACAUGGUCUUCACUGGGGUGUUCACCGUUGAGAUGGUUUUGAAAGUCAUCGCAUUUAAACCUAAGGGGUAUUUUAGUGACGCCUGGAACACGUUUGACUCCCUCAUCGUAAUCGGCAGCAUUAUAGACGUGGCCCUCAGCGAAGCCGACCACUAUUUCACUGAUGCAUGGAACACUUUUGAUGCCUUAAUUGUUGUUGGUAGCGUCGUUGAUAUUGCUAUAACUGAAGUGAAUAACUCUGAAGAGAGCAAUAGAAUCUCCAUCACCUUUUUCCGUCUUUUCCGAGUGAUGCGGUUGGUGAAGCUUCUCAGCAGGGGGGAAGGCAUCCGGACGUUGCUGUGGACUUUUAUAAAGUCCUUUCAGGCACUGCCCUAUGUAGCCCUCCUCAUAGCCAUGUUGUUCUUCAUCUACGCGGUGAUUGGCAUGCAGAUGUUUGGGAAGGUUGCUAUGAGAGAUAACAACCAGAUCAACAGGAACAACAAUUUCCAGACCUUUCCCCAGGCGGUGCUGCUGCUCUUCAGGUGUGCCACGGGUGAAGCCUGGCAGGAGAUCAUGCUGGCCUGCCUCCCAGGGAAGCUCUGUGACCCCGAGUCGGACUAUAACCCUGGGGAGGAGUACACGUGUGGGAGCAACUUCGCCAUUGUUUAUUUCAUCAGUUUUUACAUGCUCUGCGCAUUUCUGAUCAUCAACCUGUUUGUGGCUGUUAUCAUGGACAACUUUGAUUAUCUGACCCGGGACUGGUCUAUUCUGGGGCCUCACCAUUUAGAUGAAUUCAAAAGAAUAUGGUCAGAAUAUGACCCUGAGGCGAAAGGAAGGAUAAAACACCUCGAUGUGGUCACUCUGCUCCGCCGCAUCCAGCCUCCCCUGGGUUUUGGGAAACUAUGCCCACACAGAGUAGCCUGUAAGAGACUAGUGGCCAUGAACAUGCCUCUCAACAGUGAUGGGACGGUCAUGUUUAAUGCAACCCUGUUUGCUUUGGUUCGAACGGCUCUUAAAAUCAAGACGGAAGGGAACCUGGAACAAGCUAAUGAAGAACUCCGAGCUGUGAUCAAGAAAAUCUGGAAGAAAACCAGCAUGAAACUGCUUGACCAAGUUGUCCCUCCAGCUGGUGAUGAUGAGGUAACCGUGGGGAAGUUCUAUGCCACUUUCCUGAUACAGGACUACUUUAGGAAAUUCAAGAAACGGAAAGAACAAGGCCUGGUGGGAAAAUACCCUGCGAAGAACACCACCAUUGCCCUACAGGCAGGAUUAAGGACACUGCAUGACAUUGGGCCAGAAAUCCGGCGUGCUAUAUCAUGUGAUUUGCAAGAUGACGAGCCGGAGGAAACAAAACGAGAAGAAGAAGAAGAUGUAUUCAAAAGAAAUGGUGCCCUGCUUGGAAACCAUGUCAAUCAUGUUAAUAGUGAUAGGAGAGACCCCCUUCAGCAGACCAAUACCACCCACCGUCCCCUGCAUGUCCAAAGGCCUUCAGUUCCACCUGCAAGUGAUACUGAGAGACCGCUGUUUCCUCCAGCAGGAAAUUCGGGGUGUCAUAGCCAUCAUAACCAUAAUUCCAUAGGAAAGCAAGCUCCCAGCUCAACAAAUGCCAAUCUCAAUAAUGCCAAUAUGUCCAAAGCUGCCCCUGGAAAGCGGCCCAGCAUGGGGAACCUUGAGCAUAUGUCUGAAAAUGGGCAUCACUCCUCCCACAAGCAUGACCGGGAGCCUCCAAGAAGGUCCAGUAUUAAAAGGUCUGACUCGGGGGAUGAGCAGUUCCCCACUAUCUGCCGGGAAGAUCCAGAGAUCCGUGGCUACUUCAGGGACUCCUGCUGCUUGGAGGAGCAGGAGUAUUUCAGUGGUGAGGAGGGCUUCGAGGAUGCCUGCUCCCUGACCGGGGCCAGGCAAAACUACAGCUACUACAGCCGAUACCCAGGUGGCAGCUGGGACUUCGAGCGGCCCCGAGGCUACCAUCACCCCCAAGGCUUCCUGGAGGAUGAGGACUUGCCUGUUUGCUAUGAUUCCCGGAGAUCUCCAAGGAGACGCCUACUACCUCCCACCCCAACAUCCCACCGGAGAUCCUCCUUCAACUUCGAGUGCCUGCGUGGGCAGAGCAGCCAGGAGGAGGUCCCGCCGUCCCCCGCCUUCCCCCACCGCACAGCCCUGCCUCUGCACCUGAUGCAGCAACAGAUCAUGGCAGUUGCGGGCCUGGAUUCCAGUAAAGCCCAGAAGUACUCACCAAGCCACUCAACCCGGUCAUGGGCCACCCCUCCGGCGACCCCUCCGUACCGGGAUUGGACGCCGUGCUACGCGCCCCUGAUCCAGGUGGAGCGGCCAGAGGCCCUGGACCAGGUCAACGGCAGCCUGCCGUCCCUGCACCGGAGCUCCUGGUACACGGACGAGCCUGGCAUCUCGUACCGAACGUUCACACCAGCCAGCCUGACUGUCCCCAGCAGCUUCCGCAACAAGAACAGUGACAAGCAGAGGAGCGCAGACAGCUUGGUGGAGGCGGUCCUGAUAUCUGAAGGCUUAGGACGGUAUGCAAGGGACCCAAAAUUUGUAUCGGCAACAAAACACGAAAUCGCCGAUGCCUGCGACCUGACCAUCGACGAGAUGGAGAGUGCAGCCAGCAACCUGCUCAACGGGACGGUGCAUCCCCGGGCCAACGGGGGCGUGGGCCCUGUCUCCCACCGGCAGGACUAUGAGCUCCAGGACUUUGGGCCAGGCUACAGCGAUGAAGAGCCCGACCCCGGAAGAGAUGAGGAGGACCUGGCAGAUGAAAUGAUCUGCAUCACCACCCUGUAGCCCCCAGGGAGGGGCAGACUGGCUCUGGCCUCAGGUGGGGCACCAGAGGGCCAGGGAAAAAGUGCCUCGUAGUUAGGAAAGGUUAGGCACUAGUGUGGAGUCCAUAUUCAAUUAGACUUUUGUACAAGUGAUGUCAUGCCUCACGGAAGCCAUAAACCUGGUAGGGGACAGCCCUGCUCCCGUGCCCAGCCUCAGCUGUGGGAAGCAGCAGGUCCAGCCCUCAGAGGGGAGGACCCGUGAGGAGGUGGGACAAGCCCUGCCCGCUUGUCCAGGGCGCCCCCGGGGCUCUCCCCUGCGCCCACCCACCUGCUGGCACGGUGGGGAAGGUCAAGGUGAUGACGAUCACCACACCUGUGUCAUUACCUCAGCCAUUGGUCUAGCAUAUCAGACAUUCACUGGGCCCAGCAUAUCCAUUUUUAAACCCUUUCCUCCCAAACACACUGCUUCCUGGUUUCUGUUUGGCUGUUCUGAAAUACAGUGUGUGAAUCAGGACCUACCUACCAGCCGUCAUCUGGAAAGGGGAGCAGGACCUUACACAUGAGGUUUUCUGUUAUGUGACCCCAGUUUACAAAAGAGAGUGUCACUCAGUCGGUUUCUGACUGUCAGCUCAAGGGCAACUGUAAACUGGAAUAAUCAUGCACUCGCAACCAGGUAAACUUAGAUACGCUAGUUUGUUUAAAAAUUAUAGAUUUACUGUACAUGACUUGUAAUAUACUAUAAUUUGUAUUUGUAAAGAGAUGGUCUAUAUUUUGUAAUUAUUGUACCGUAUUUGAACUGCAGCAAUAUCCAUGGGUCCUAAUAAUUGUAGUUCCCUGAAAUCUAGGUAUUAUUAGCAUUUUUACUCGGGCUGUACAGAAGUAGGAGAAAUAGAGCCAAUUCUCAUCUAUUCCGUGAAAAUCUUUUGGGGAUGAAAUUUUAAGUUCAAAAGAACUUGACGCUAGAGAUUUUUUCUAAAAAAUAUUUUGAGUCACUUUAAUCUACCUUUACACAAGAUAUACCAGAUGACUCCUUAACAACCUUUACUUUGGGCAAGAGUUCCAGGAUUUGACAGUGUACCUUCGGUCCACCACGGGCCGCACCUGUCUUUGAUUUUACUGACCCUCUGCUAAGCUCAUCCCGUCGGUCGAGCUGGUGACUCUGACCCUGUGGCAUUCACAGCGGCAUCCCCGCUGCCCACACAAGACCUUUUUUGCAUCUCUGGUGUAGAAAGAAUCGCACAGGGGCAUGAAGUCCCUCUGCCCCCGCUCCCUGAGGAUGGAUGCUGCUGCCGGUCUCUAAAUAGGGGUGCUGGGGAAGGGGGGGGGGCGGAGGGGCAAAGCGGUGAUCUGCAGGCUUAGAAUGUCGGGUCUGUUCGAUUCGUAUUGUUGCCUUUUCACACAACACUGCUUUACUGUGUGUUCUCUUUGAGGGCUUUUAUAUGCAACUGAAUGAGGGCUGAAGUUUUCAUUAGAACAUUUGCACGGUCUGGCUGUGCUUCCUGAUGAAAACCCACUUGACCACGAGACCCACCAAGGCUUCCCUUUCU